AUGACCCAUCACAAUCACCUCAGUAUAUCAAUUGCUCUUUCCCCGACAACAGCUUCAAAUUUGGAAGGUCAUACGGUUCUUGCAACGGUGUUUUUUGUCUUGGUUUUGUGGAAUCCUAAUACAAGAGAGGUCAAUCUUAUUCCUUUUCCUUCUCACACAUUUGAUCCCAUUCAUCAAUAUUAUGGCUUCGGUGUUGAUCCCAACACAAAUGACUUCAAAGUUGUCAAACUCAUCAUCAAUUUUCCUCAUCAUGGUUUUAUUAUUUCAUAUGCAGAGGUUUAUGAUUUUAGCACAAAUUCAUGGACCGUUAUCCAUGAUGUUACUCUCCCCCCUACCAAUAAUGCUCUAUUGCAACUCUAUAAUGGUUGCAAUGUUCUUGUUAAUGGUGGGGUUUAUCAUUGGUUGAUUGGCUAUGAAGAUGAUUUUGGUUCCAUCCUUUGCUUUGACUUCCGCAACAAUCAAUUUAGCAAACUCAUGGCUCCAGUGAAAAUCUCAAAGACAGAAACUUUGUUGGUCAAUGAUAACAUUGUUGAGGUUAAUGGUUCCCUUGGUUAUAUUGUACAACAUCUUAGGCAAGCACGGUUGGAGAUUUGGGUUAUGAAUGAACACAAAUGGACAAAAACACACAGCAUUGUUUUGCCAAAGGAGAUUUUAAUCCUUGGCGUCUUGAAGGACGGAAAUCAACUCCUUGGAAGAAAGGGUAAACAAAGGUUGAUAAUAUAUAAUUUGAUUGCUCAGCCUGUGCACCAAUUUCCAGUUCAAGUAUGUUUGGAUUCUCCAAUUGAAAAGUAUGUGGAAAGUAUAGUUCCCUUGUCUGCUUAG